AUUAUUAGGAAACACCGGUAAAUUCUCGGUCGUCUUCUGUAAACGAAUCUUUCUCGACUUAGAAGACGUGAAGGAAUCCGUUGAACUUAUUAGUUGUCUUCGAACUUACCAAUUCAACUGACUCUUUAUCUGGCAAUCGAUAAGAACUUAGGGGGGAGGUUUGAAUCGAGAGCAAAGAUGGAUUUCGUGAGCAAUCUAGAUGGGGACAUGUGUUUAGCCAUUCUUUCUUGUCUAGAUGAUCCAUCAGAUCUUGUCCGUGCCAGUGCUGUCUCUCGCUCCUGGCGACACUUUGUGAUUAAGCAGAGUCUCACCAAGAACCUUUGCUUGAAGUUGUUCCCCCAGCUAACCAGCGUGGAUCGUGUACUAGAAGAGGAAACAACAAUCAAUGAAGAGGAGGAGGAGGAGGAGGAUACAAGAAGAAGAAGAAGAGAGCACAGGGUUUAUGCGUUAUUAGCUAAAGGAUGCACAUCCUCUCCUAUCCAAAGCUGUAUCGCCGAUGCCAUUGCGGCGUCUUCUACUGAUCGUCUCCCAGCAGAGAGCAUCUCUAACACACUCGACGAAAGAGAUAGAGUUGGUCGCACACCUUCCUACUGGUCUAGUGCAGGACACCACAACCCUUCGGUUCCCGAAACACUUCUUUACAAGUUGAAGGCUGACUUGUGUCUCAUUACUCAACUCAGCAUCCACCCAUUCCAAGUUUAUUAUUAUCCCGGUAGACCGAUAUGCUCUUCACAUUAUGUUCGUUUCCGGUUGGGUCACCUCAAUAACCAUUCACAAGAUAAAAACAACUAUGUAUGGGCUUACACUUCACCACAGUUUGCCCUGGCUCAGGAAAAUCGAUUGCAGAAGUUUAAGCUUCCAGAGCCAGUUCUUUGCAUUGGUGGGUAUUUGCUAGUCGAGUUUCUAGGUCGAGUUCAGAGAUGUGACGCUGAUGAUUUAUACUACAUAUGUGUGACGCAUGUCAAAGCGAUGGGAAGAUCAUUAGCAAAAUCUUUCCGGGUGGUGGAUCCGGAUGAGUCGUCAGGGAAGUUUGGGUUGAAGGUGUUGAGUUACAGUGAUCCACAAGAAAUGAAUGACAAGGAAGAAGAGGCCGGGCCAAGUGAGUUUAGGACGAUGAGAAACCGACGCCUUGAACAGCUCGUGGACUUCCUUCACAGGCAUCCUACGGACGUCGUCCAGUACGCGGCGUCUGAUUAUUAUGAGUCAGAUGAGGAGGAGGAGGUUUAGUGUGUGAAUGGAGUGAGUGAGGUGCUAUUUAUUUAGCUAUUGUGGGCUUUGCUUCUGUUUUUAAAAGAAUCAAGAGAUUCACUGUGAGCAAAUAAACGUAAAAGAGAGUUUACAUGAGAGUAUGUGACUUGACGACUAUCACUAUGAUGCGUUGGGUAGCUACGAAAAUGCUUGCAUACUUAUAGUAGCUCUCAUCUAGUUUCUUGUG